UUCUGCUGGGGUCAGGAGGACAGUGAACGUAGCGGACCCUACCCGACCACCCCUGUAUGAUUGGAGUGUAGCGGAAAGAAAAAACAAGAACUUUUUCCUCUCUCGCCUCAAAGAGUCUACAUGUCUAGUAUCUAGACAUGUUCAGCUUUGUGGAUUUGCGGCUGGCGCUGCUGCUGAGCGCAGCGGCGCUCCUGGUCAGAGCGCAGGGCGAGGAUGACCGUGCGGGCGGCAGCUGCACGCUGGACGGCCAGGUGUUUCAGGACCGUGACGUGUGGAAGCCCGAGCCCUGUCAGAUCUGCGUGUGCGACAGCGGCACCGUCAUGUGCGACGAGGUGAUCUGCGACGAGCUCAUCGACUGUCCCAACCCCGUCAUCCCCGAGAACGAGUGCUGCCCCAUCUGCCCCGAUGACGGUCUGCAGGAGCCUCAGGGACCCAAGGGACCCCGAGGACCCAAGGGUGACAGGGGUCUGCCCGGUCCCGCUGGCAACGACGGCAUCCCCGGAGAGCCCGGCCUGCCCGGACCUCCCGGCCCUCCCGGACCCCCCGGCCUCGGUGGAAACUUCUCCCCUCAGAUGUCUGGCGGCUACGAUGAGAAAUCCCCUGCCAUGCCUGUUCCCGGACCUAUGGGCCCCAUGGGACCCCGUGGACCCCCUGGAUCUCCUGGUGCUAGCGGACCUCAGGGAUUCACUGGACCCCCUGGUGAGCCUGGCGAGGCUGGAGCUGCUGGUCCCAUGGGCCCCCGUGGAGCCGCCGGCCCCCCUGGAAAGAACGGAGAGGAUGGUGAGUCUGGAAAGCCCGGUCGCCCUGGUGAGCGUGGACCAUCUGGCCCUCAGGGAGCUCGUGGUUUCCCAGGAACCCCUGGUCUGCCCGGAAUCAAGGGACACAGAGGAUUCAGCGGUAUGGAUGGAGCCAAGGGAGAGACCGGCCCUGCUGGACCCAAGGGAGAGGCUGGAGCCCCCGGAGAGAACGGAACCCCCGGAGCUAUGGGACCUCGCGGUCUGCCUGGUGAGAGAGGCCGUGCUGGUGCUGCUGGAGCUGCUGGAGCUCGUGGUAACGAUGGUGCUGCUGGUGCUGCUGGACCUCCAGGCCCCACCGGCCCCGCUGGACCUCCUGGAUUCCCCGGUGGCCCCGGAGCCAAGGGUGAUGCCGGACCUCAGGGUGCUCGUGGAGGCGAGGGACCCUCUGGAGCCCGUGGUGAGCCCGGUAACCCCGGACCCGCUGGCCCUGCUGGACCCGCCGGAAACAACGGAGCUGAUGGAGCCGCUGGACCCAAGGGAGCCCCUGGUGCUUCUGGUGUUGCUGGAGCUCCCGGUUUCCCCGGACCUCGUGGCCCCCCCGGACCCCAGGGUGCUGCCGGAGCCCCCGGACCCAAGGGAAACACCGGUGAGGUUGGUUCCUCAGGACCCAAGGGAGAGCCUGGUGCUAAGGGAGAGGCUGGUGUUGCUGGAGUUCAGGGACCCCCCGGAUCCGCUGGUGAGGAGGGCAAGAGAGGAGCCAGAGGAGAGCCUGGUGCUGCAGGAGGCCGUGGAGCUCCCGGAGAGCGGGGUGCUCCUGGUGGUCGUGGUUUCCCUGGUGCUGAUGGCUCUGCUGGACCCAAGGGUGCCCCCGGUGAGCGCGGUGCCCCCGGUGUUGUUGGACCCAAGGGUGCCACUGGUGAGCCCGGCCGCAACGGUGAGCCCGGUAUGCCCGGAUCUAAGGGUAUGACUGGCAGCCCUGGCAGCCCUGGACCUGACGGCAAGCUGGGAGCUACUGGACCCGCUGGACAAGAUGGCCGCCCCGGACCCCCUGGCCCCGUCGGAGCCAGAGGCCAGCCUGGAGUCAUGGGAUUCCCCGGACCCAAGGGAGCCGCUGGUGAGGGUGGAAAGCCCGGCGAGAGAGGAGUGAUGGGACCCGUUGGUGCCACCGGCGCCCCCGGUAAGGACGGUGAUGUUGGUGCUCCUGGUGCCCCCGGACCCGCUGGUCCCUCUGGUGAGAGAGGCGAGCCCGGUGCUGCUGGACCUCCUGGGUUCCAGGGUCUCCCAGGACCUCAGGGUGCUGUUGGCGAGACUGGCAAGCCCGGAGAGCAGGGUCUGCCUGGUGAGGCUGGAGCUCCUGGACCCGCUGGAUCCAGAGGUGACAGAGGCUUCCCUGGAGAGCGUGGAGCCCCCGGCCCCAUCGGACCCGGCGGUGCCCGUGGUUCCCCCGGAGCAGCAGGAAACGACGGUGCUAAGGGAGACGCUGGAGCCCCCGGUGCCCCCGGAGCCCAGGGCCCCCCCGGACUGCAGGGAAUGCCCGGAGAGCGCGGCGCCGCCGGCCUGCCCGGACUCAGGGGAGACAGAGGUGACCAAGGAGCCAAGGGUGCUGAUGGAGCUGGUGGUAAGGACGGAGCUCGCGGUAUGACCGGCCCCAUCGGCCCCCCCGGACCCGCCGGAGCCCCCGGAGACAAGGGAGAGCCCGGAGCCGCCGGCCUCGUCGGCCCCGCUGGAGCCCGCGGAGCCCCUGGUGAGCGCGGUGAGGCUGGACCACCUGGACCUGCUGGAUUCGCUGGACCUCCUGGUGCUGAUGGCCAGCCUGGUGCUAAGGGAGAGGCUGGAGAUAACGGUGCUAAGGGAGACGCUGGACCCCCCGGAGCUGCUGGAGCUACUGGAGCCCCCGGACCUCAGGGUCCCGCUGGAAACACCGGAGCCAAGGGAGCCCGCGGCCCCGCCGGCCCUCCUGGUGCUACUGGCUUCCCUGGCGCUGCCGGCAGAGUCGGCCCUCCCGGCCCCUCUGGUAACCCUGGACCCCCCGGCCCCUCUGGACCAGCUGGUAAGGAGGGACAGAAAGGAAACCGUGGAGAGACCGGACCCGCCGGCCGCACCGGUGAGGUCGGACCCGCCGGACCCCCAGGAGCCCAGGGAGAGAAGGGUAGCCCCGGAGCCGAGGGCCCCAGUGGCGCCGCUGGUAUCCCAGGACCUCAGGGUAUUGCUGGAGCUCGUGGUAUUGUCGGUCUGCCCGGACAGAGAGGAGAGAGAGGUUUCCCCGGCCUGCCCGGACCUUCUGGAGAGGCUGGAAAGCAGGGACCCUCCGGCCCCGGAGGUGAGCGCGGACCCCCCGGACCCAUGGGACCCCCUGGACUGGCUGGAGCCCCCGGCGAGGCUGGACGUGAGGGAGCCCCCGGUAACGAGGGAGCUGCCGGCCGUGACGGAGCUGCUGGACCCAAAGGAGACCGUGGUGAGACUGGAAGUUCCGGAGCUCCCGGUGCCCCUGGACCCCCUGGCGCCCCCGGACCCGUCGGACCCGCUGGAAAGUCUGGUGACCGUGGAGAGACUGGAUCUGCUGGCCCCGCUGGCCCUGCUGGCAUUGCUGGACCUCGUGGCCCUGCUGGACCUGCUGGAGCUCGUGGAGACAAGGGAGAGACCGGAGAGGCUGGAGAGAGAGGCAUGAAGGGACACAGAGGAUUCACCGGCAUGCAGGGACCUCCUGGACCUUCUGGACCCUCUGGAGAGCAAGGACCCGCUGGUGCUUCUGGACCCGCUGGACCAAGAGGACCUGCUGGAGCUGCUGGUUCUGCUGGUAAGGAUGGUAUGAGCGGCCUGCCUGGACCCACCGGACCCCCCGGACCUCGUGGACGCUCUGGAGAGAUGGGACCUGCUGGACCUCCUGGACCUCCUGGACCCCCUGGUGCCCCAGGCGCCCCCGGCGGUGGAUUUGACCUUGGCUUCAUUGCCCAGCCACAGGAGAAGGCCCCCGAUCCCUUCCGCAUGUACCGCGCUGAUGACGCUAAUGUUCUGCGUGACCGUGACCUGGAGGUGGACAGCACCCUGAAGAGCCUGAGCCAGCAGAUUGAGCAGAUCCGCAGCCCCGACGGCACCCGCAAGAAUCCCGCCAGAACCUGCCGUGACCUGAAGAUGUGCCACCCUGACUGGAAGAGCGGUGAGUACUGGAUCGACCCCGACCAGGGCUGCACUCAGGACGCCAUCAAGGUCUACUGCAACAUGGAGACCGGAGAGACCUGCGUCAACCCCACUCAGAGCAUUGUUGCCAACAAGAGCUGGUACACCAGCAAGAACAUCAAGGAGAAGAAGCACGUCUGGUUCGGCGAGGCUAUGACCGGCGGCUUCCAGUUCGAGUAUGGCAGCGAGGGCUCUCUGCCUGAGGACGUCAACAUCCAGAUGACCUUCCUGCGUCUCAUGUCCACUGAGGCAACCCAGAACAUCACCUACAACUGCAAGAACAGCGUCGCCUACAUGGACGCCGCCGCCGGCAACCUCAAGAAGGCCCUGCUGCUCCAGGGCUCCAACGAGAUCGAGAUCAGAGCCGAGGGCAACAGCCGCUUCACCUACAGCGUCCUGGAGGAUGGAUGCUCGUCACACACCGGUACAUGGGGCAAGACAGUCAUUGACUUCAAGACAACGAAAACAUCUCGCCUGCCCAUCAUUGACAUCGCUCCUAUGGACGUUGGUGCUCCAGACCAAGAGUUUGGCCUUGAAAUUGGACCCGUCUGUUUCUUGUAAAAAGAGAAAUCUGGACUUGAAAUUGUUGUUGUGUGUGUAUGUGUGUUUUAUUUUUUUCUAGUCAUCUCUCUGUUACAAAAAAACCCCACCAAAUCGUUUUUCUAAUGCAAUUUUUUUCAAAAAAAUCCGACCCCUCGUUCCCGAGUCUACAAGUUUCCAUUCGGACAUUGCCUCCGAUGGUCCACUUUGCCUAAAGCCUGCACUUCAACAAGAUGGCGGCGAUGUGGCGGCGUCUGCAUCGUCGCGUUUGGGACCACUACUUUUUUUGUUUCUGACUCUUUUUUUGUUUGUUUUUGUUUUGUUUUUUUUUUUACCAUCACCAACACCAAGGAUCCUUUUAAAGAAGACAUUUUGUUUCACUGGCAACAAGAAAAUAAUAUAUGCUUGUGUAAAGUGUAAAAAUUCACCUCCCCUCUUCAACCAGCCAAACCAAGCCUCUCUGGAGUUUACAGACACCAACAGAAAACACAGGUGACUUUUGUGUUUUUUUACACCACUGCGGUGAGAGGAAUGAAAGGACAGUCCCACCAGACAGAAACCCCCAUUGCUUUGUACCACGUUUCAGGUGUUGAUGAAUAAACGGUCAAACUGA